GGAGCAUCCUGAGAGAGGCGGGGCGAAUUUUUUUUCUCCAUCGUCUUCUUUAUUCUUAUUUUCUUCGCAGGAAGGGAGCAAUCAUUUGCGUUGAGUUUCUGUUUUACAUGUAGAUGGAACCAAGAGUUGAAAGUCUUCUCUUUUAUUUUUGUGUUCAUAGAAUUGGGUGGAUUCCAGGGCUUGAACACUGCUUAAAGGGUUGGGUUUGUUCAAUUGAUAUGGUUAUGGUCGGAAUUUGAUUGUUUUUUUCUGGAUGGUUUCUGUUUAUUCCACCGGAGGAAUGGAGGAAGAAUGUAAAUCUUGGGUAAGAAGAACUAAUUUCUCCAACACUGUGUUUCACCGUUCGGGUUCUUCUUGGUUGCCAUCCAUUCCAUUCUCCUCUGAAUUUGUUCUUCGCCAAGGAAUUACUAGAACGAAGCAAAGUUCAGAUUCUUCAAAGCUCUCAGCUUCAAUCUCAUUGCCUGUAGAACGCAUGGUGGAAAAGAAAACUAAAGAUCCUAUUUUGCGUUCUCAGAGCAGCUUGCCAUGUGAAUCAUUUUCUUUUCAGCCUGAUGUUGGCAGCAACCAAACUUUUAAGGGUUCUACCAUGAACUCUCCAACUAUGUUAUUCCAUCCCGAGUAUUUUCUCAGAUCAAAUACAAUGAAUUUAGGUUUCAGAGUGGCUUUUGGACCUUCUGUUGGAGUCCAGUUGGAUCGAAACUAUAAAAAUUCUAUAGGUUCAGCUGAUGGGAGAGACCGCAGCUCGAAAUCUAAACAAAGAUCUGUGUCUCCUCUUCCAACUACAGCACUCUCUGAUUCCUUCAGGGAAGCCAGAGCUGAAAAGAAGAGGUUUUCCACCCCACCGCCGACCAGAAAAGGAUCAGAAAAAGGAGUCCUUGGAAGAAUGUUCUCCAGGGGAGUUCAUGAGAACGACAUGUUUAACACCCUGUCUCCAUCUCAGACAAGUCCUGUUCAGCACUUCUUUGGGAUGAGAAACUCUGAUAAGAUUAAGGGGGGAAAGGAUACAACUUGGAUGAAAUAUUUUGAUCAUGGAACAGGGAAGGUUGAUGCUGUGGAUACAAUGGAUCAAUGGACGUUUGAUCUUUCACAGUUGUAUCUUGGUUUCAGGUUUGCCUGUGGAGCUCAUAGUAGAUUGUACCAUGGCAUCUAUAAAGAUGAACCUGUUGCAGUCAAAAUUAUUCGGCCUCCCGAUGAUGAUGAAGAUGGAACUAUGGCUUCUCGAUUGGAGAAGCAGUUUAGCAGGGAGGUCAAUUUUCUAUCUCAUUUGUAUCACCGCAAUGUGAUAAAGUUAGCAGCAGCUGGCAGAAAUCCCCCCGUCUUUUGCAUAAUUACGGAAUAUCUUUCCGGCGGCUCCUUACGGGCAUUUCUUCACAGAUUAGGACAUGAAUCCCUUCCACUUCAGAAACUUAUCUCCAUCGCACUCGAUAUCGCUCAGGGAAUGGAAUACAUUCAUUCUCAGGGGGUUAUUCACCGUGAUCUGAAGCCCGAAAAUAUUCUCUUUGAUCAGGACUUUUGUGUAAAAAUUGCUGAUUUUGGAAUUGCUUGUGAAGAGGCAUGUUCAGAUCCACUGGCUGAGGAUCCCGGAACUUAUCGUUGGAUGGCGCCCGAAAUGAUUAAACAUAAACAUUAUGGCAGGAAGGUUGAUGUCUACAGCUUUGGAUUAGUUCUUUGGGAGAUGGUUAGUAGAAGAAUUCCAUACGAGGAUAUGACGCCGGUCCAAGCCGCUUUUGCAGUGGUUGAUAAGAAUUUGAGGCCUGGUUUUCCUACGGAAUGCCCAAUAGCGUUAAGAGCAUUGAUAGAGCAAUGCUGGGCAUCUCUUCCAGAGAAAAGGCCUGAAUUUUGGCAGAUUGUGAAGGUUUUGGAACAGUUUGAAUCUACACUUUCUCAAGGAGGCACACUCAAUAUGGUUCAGAACUUAAGUAGCCAUGAACACAAGAAGCGGACGCUUCAUUGGAUCCAAAAGCUCAAACCCCAUCCCCAUGUUCAUGGUACAAACCUUUUCGCACCCAAACUGUUGUAAGGAUUGAUAUAUAAAUAUAUAUUUGCAUAUAUUUUCUGUUUAGAGGUGGAAGCUUGGCAAUAUGCAUUUUCUAUAUUAUACUAGAGAGUUAUGUAAAUUGCUGUUUAAAAUGUAAUUUGUUUCAUGUUUAAUAAGCUUUUAGCUAAGUUUGUUUUUUUAAUCAAUGAUGGUGAAUGCUAUGUUGGAGAGAGGACAAUGGUGAUGGUGAUGAUUAUGAUUGGGGUGUUGAGUUUGUUUGGAAUAUAUCAAUGAAUUUAUGUUUUUCUUUUUUAUA